UGUGUUCUUGGUUCGCUAUGGCGCGCACGAAGCAGACAGCGCGUAAGUCGACGGGCGGGAAGGCGCCCCGCAAGCAGCUGGCCACCAAGGCUGCCCGCAAGAGCGCGCCGGCCACGGGCGGCGUCAAGAAGCCGCACCGCUACCGGCCCGGCACGGUGGCGCUGCGCGAGAUCCGGCGCUACCAGAAGUCGACGGAGCUGCUGAUCCGCAAGCUGCCCUUCCAGCGUCUGGUGCGCGAGAUCGCGCAGGACUUCAAGACGGACCUGCGCUUCCAGAGCUCGGCCGUCAUGGCGCUGCAGGAGGCCAGCGAGGCCUACCUGGUGGGGCUCUUCGAGGACACCAACCUGUGCGCCAUCCACGCCAAGCGCGUCACCAUCAUGCCCAAGGACAUCCAGCUGGCCCGCCGCAUCCGCGGCGAGCGAGCCUGAGGAGUUUCCGAUCUCAGUAUGUGUUUCUGUGUGAGUGAUAUGACUGAGGACAGGCUGGAGAAGAUGACCAAGAAGAACCUGGGAGGGCAAAGACAAUCCAGUGGUUGUUUCUGACAGACCACCUCUCUUCUAUUGUCCCAAUCCAUGGAGAUUACCGGCACAGAGGAAGUUCUGUGGCUUCUGUUUGGGACCAGAUCAGCUGAAGAAAAGAAAGUGGCUGUGAAGACUUGACAGAUUUAGCCAAUGGGAGACCCGUAGGAAAUAGGAUUAUAUUGUUUUGAGCAUUAAAGAUAAGUGUUUUGUAUCUGAUGACAAGAAAACUGAGUCAGGAGAGAAACAUGGACUGGGAGAUCAAAGGCCAACACUUAGCCAAAUUUAAUUAAUUCAAUAAAA